CGGUUUUAUCGUUCGCGCAUGCGUCAGAGAUGUUCCCGUGUGGCACGAGGAUCAAACUGAAGCGGGACUCGUUUAAACCGGAGAAUAAACCGGAGCCGAAUAAACGGCGAUGGACCGGAUCUAACGUUAAACCCGUGUGUGCUGUGAAUCCACCUGUGGACGGCGGCUCUCCGAAACCGGCAACAGCUGAUCCAGGUACAGUCUCCUCCAAAGUGAGUGUUAUUACCGGAGCAGAUCCCGAGGCUAUGCCGGCCUCCAAAAACCGGUUAUCCGAACAUAAACGCGAAAUCUUCUGCCGGUUGCGUUUAGCGUUGUGCUUCGCCAGAAACAAACCGCGAAAUGGCGGGAAGCGCGUGAUUGUCGGCCCAACGGACGCGCAUGCGCUCUCCGUUAUAAACAGCGUCGAGUCUGGUAACGUUAAUGUUUCCGUCGAACCGCCAGAACUCAUUCCGCCCGCGCGACAAUCGGUAAAACACGGCGCUCAGAACACACUCUCGCGGCCGACCGUGCCUCGGCGGGAAAAGGGAACACAGAGGAGACUGUUUGCCGGUGAGGCGAAGACCGCCAUCAGGACGGAAGCGCGCAGAAGUCGCGCGAGUUUAACCGGAAGGACAAGUGCAAAUUUCAGUUCAAAAGUUGAGCUGAGACGGCUUAGGUCAGAGGAAAGGUCGAGGAAGCGCUCGGUGAAAAACGCGUGCUGUGCUUUGUGUGGUGAUGUAAAAUACAAUCCUCCUCCUCCUCCCUCUAGUAAGAAUCUGGUCCGUUUACUCAAUCCCAGACCCAGAGCUGGCCGCCCCAGCCUGAGCGCAGAAAAGCAGAGAACUCCCUCAGCGUCCCGUCACGCCUCAGCACUCGAGAAAAACCCCACGGUGAAGCUCUGCGAUGUCGGCCGAGUGUUUCGCAUAGCCUCACGUGAUUUCUCCUGUGUCCUGCCAGCGGUGCUAAAACAAACGGCGAGCAGGAGAGCGCAGCAGCAGUGCUUGCAGACAGAGUUCGGUGUUCUCACGCAUCCUCAUCCGCACAGCAUCAGGAAACGUAGACGCUCCAGGAAACUUUCCACCGCAACCAAACAUAGCUGUGCUUCUCUCUCAUCAGGUGAUGCUCCGUGUGGCGGCGCGCACAUCUCUGAAGGAUCGCUCGAGGAAUCGGACGCUUGUCUGGUAGAGGAUCCGGAGACGAUGAGACUGUCGGAGAGUCCAGAUACUGUCGCUCCAGCAUGUGCUAAUAACUGUCCAGAGAAACAGAAACACUGUCCAGUGAACCACAUAUCUGGAAACACAUCCAGCCCUGAGCGCCGUGUGCCACCUCUAGUGCUCAGAAGAGUGUCGGUCAACGGCUUCGGCUUCAGAAGUGAAGAUGAUGACCGUGAGAGCGGUCCUGAUGAGGAUGGCAGAAACCAGGAUUCAGAUGCAGAGUCUGCGAAUGCACCAGAGAGUUUCUCCUGCCAGCGAACGCAAGCAUACAUUUUCAUUCCCAAAUCAUCAUGCGCUCGCACUUGCAAACCGUGGCCCUUUCCUAGAACGGGUCCUCCUGAGGAGCUCAGAUCACCCAGAAAUGGAGCUCGCUGGAUAAUCACCGCCACAUUCACAAACACAGCUCAGGAUGAUGAAGAGAAAAACGAGCGUUCUGAAGCAGCGGAGGAGGUUUACUCUCGGAAAAGUCAUGCAGACACUCCAUGUAGAUUAAUAAGUGGAGAUAUUCCUGAUGUGCUGAAUCAGCAGAGCUCGGUGUUGUGUGAAAAUACGUCCACUUGUGUGCUAAAAAGGACUUCAGGAUUCUCUGUGACUGCUAUUUCAGAACAUGCAGAGCUAAACCAGAGUCAGGAACACAGCACUGAACAGGUCAACAGCUGCAAACUCGACGGCUGUGGCUUUGAGGCGUCAUUAGAAGCAAACGGUCUUCUUAGACAUCAUUCCCUGCUUGAUCAUGAAGAUCACCCUGAUGCUCCUGGCGUUUGGGAACCAGCUGAUCAUUUGGUUGGAGAUUCCAAAUGUGCUAAAUUCAGCAUCCUCCCUAUUUCACAGUUUGAGGAUCAGAGCAGAAAAGCUGAUGAAGGAGCGGUUUAUAACCCAGCAUUGCUCUCGCAGAUGUGUAUUAAAGUGGGAGUGCUGAAAGCUCAGGACAGCUCAUCAGUGGAUCAGACUGAAGGAGAAUCUGCCGCUCAUUCACACAGCAGUAAUCCUGAAGGAGAAGUGAAGCCAGCGUCUGACGGACAAACACACACAGACAUGUCCUCUGAGGAGGAAAACCAAGAUGCUGGAGGUGUUUCUGCACCAUCUUCAUCUUCAUCUGAUGAUGAUGAUGAUGAUGAUGGGGUGUGUUCGAUGAAUACUAAUAAUAAUAAUAAUACACAAGCUUGUUCUCAGUCUCAUAGAGUUGAAGAGAGCUUUCUGGAUGUUUCUCGAGCGUAUGAAGAAGACGUCCUGGUGCUGGAUGUGAUUCAGGAUGAUCCAGAGCUGUUCGGGACUGUGGUUUCUGAAGCCAAGACUCAACAGGACGCACCAACCAAGAAUCAAGACACUCUGACAAAAAUGGAGGAUCAACACUGUGAGGUCAUCUGGGAGCAACACACUGAGGGCACCAGCAAAGUGGCUGAAGAUGUCCAGACGGAUCAUCUGAGUGACAGUGGUUCAAAAGUAAAUGAGAUGCAGGUUUGCAGAUCUCAGCCUGUCCAGAGUCUGAACACUGUAAAGUCUGAGAAUGCUGGAAUAGACUGUAACAACAACCAGCCGAGCAGAGACUCCAGCAAUCUGAACAGUAUUUCAGUAAUAAGCAGCAGAGCGCCGAGACCCGUGACGGACUCCUGCUUCAGCGGUCGUGAAGUGACGGCUAAAGAGCCGCCUGCUCUGAGAACUCCACACAUCAGUUAUUGUAGGUUCUACUUCAGCGAUCACAGCACCUGCCUGCGGAGUGGUGUGUGUAGGUUCCUGCAUGUGCCGAGAGAUGGAGAUGAGACGUUCUGUAUGGAAAUGGUGAAGAAGUUCUGUCAUGCUGGAAAAGUGGUUCUUAUUCUGCGGGCAGUGGAGGUGUUUAUGGGAUAUUACAGUCGCUGUCCCCCCAGUGGGAGCUUCAGCCAGGAGACGGUCAACUCUCUGCUCUCCAUUCUCCUCAAUAUGGGUUUACUGAGAGAAUUUUUAGCCGUCCUGAACCUGCUGCUCACACACAAGAAGCUGCCUCCUCCAGAGCUGGUGUUGGCUGUGUUUAAGUUUGCGAGUGACCGAAGACUGAUCAACUUUGUGCCAGAGCUCAUUCUGCUCACCUCCAAGAUCGUGGAGUCGGGCUGUGUGUUCACUGUGGAUCAGUGUGAGGUCAUGCAGAGUCACCUUCACCUCAUGCAGGUCCCCAGACAGCAGAUGGACAUCUUCAUGGCUGUUAAAUGCAGAGCACUGGCGACGAACCCUCACACCUCUGAGCUUUCACAUCUGACGCAGGCUGUUGUUAGAGUUGAGAUGCUGAAGCAGCAGGAGGACUGGUCUGGGCUGGCGCUGGUCUUCUACAGUGUGUGUUCAGGUUCACACAGUAAUAAUGAGCUGCUGCGCUUCUGCUGCUGCGUCACCAUGGCUCUGCUCAAGGAGCCCAAAGACAAACACACUGUUCCCUACGAGCUGUUCGCUGACGCAGUUUGUCAGCGAGAGCCGUCUGAUGAGGUGAAGAGCAUUCUGGGCCGGAUUGGAGUGUCUCUGAUCUUCAGGUACCACAGGACCCGAGAGUGGAGUAAGGGGGUGAAGCUGGUGAAUGUGAUGCUCCGGCUGCAGAUUGAGUUCAUCAUGCAGAAGGGGCUGAUGGGUAAUGAGCACCGUGUGUCUCGCUGUCAGCUGGUCAGUAUGGCUGCAGAACUCUUCCUGCACAGCGGCAGCAUCGAGGGCGCGCUCAAACUGCUCAGAGCUGACGGCUGGUUUGUGAGCUCCAGUGUGUGGCCCUGUGAAGCGGCUGAUGUAGAAAUCAGGAAGCGAGUUCUGACUCUUUUAGCUGGUAAAACCUCCCACCGAGACGCCUUCGAGAUCCUGACCAACCUCCCCGGACUCAGACAACCCAUCAACGGCGUUCAGAUCUCGGACUACACAGACAUGUUCAACGCUCACCUGCGUGUGUGUCUGCUGAAGCAGACGCUGCCGGUGGCUGCAGACAUCCUGGAGUUUAUGCUCACACGGAGUCUGGUGCCGGAAACACAGCAGCUGCAGAACCUGAUCCACAGACUGGGCAAACAGAACAUGUGGAGCCGCGCCAGAGCCCUGUUCAGACGCGCUCGCUCCGCAGGUUUCUACUCUAGUGUGGUGUGUGAAGCGGACGCUCUGUUCCUGCCCUGCGGCCUCAGUGAGAUCGAGAUGACUCUGGCCUUCGAGAUGUUCAUCACCUUCAUCAACAGCAGCCUGAGCGCACACACACACCCUCUGCUCAUCACACUGAGACGGCAGGCGGGGGUGGAGAACGUGACGGAGAGUGUGUAUUUGGCUGCCGGCUGUCGACUUCUGUCUGCCGCUCUGAUUCCGAACCCCAAACUGAGCAUCCGCUACACCGCAGUCAACCAGCAGCAGGAGCAGCUCUUCACACUGGACAGAGCCUCCGCACACAAGUGGAUCCUGCAGAACAGCUGCUGGGCACUGGAGGUCUGGGCAAGCUAACACACACACACACACAGAGAGAUGCAUACAUAUAUACAUGCGCACAGAUACAGAUGCACAUGCACUCACAACACAGGAAUACACUCAUGCACAAACCUAUGCACAUAUGCAUACUCACACUCGCAUGCAUACUGACUUAUACACAAACAUACACACACACACAUGCAUACAUGCACACAACACAUGAAUGCAUGUUUACUUAUGCACAUGCAUACUCACAAAUACACAUGCAUGCUAGCUUAUGCACAAACAUACACACAUUCACACCCACACAUGCAUACUCAUACACACAC